AUCUCCUAGUGUAUGAAUACAUUAGCUUACACAUAAAAGCACAAAAGAUGUUGCUAUCCCCCCAUUGUACCCCACCAAUCCAAAUUAAAAGGAUUAUUAAUAAUCACCCACUAAUGCAAUUGCUCUUUUCUUAUAUAUCAUUUGUUGGGGCCUCCAUGUUUGAGAGAGAGCAUACACAUUACACACACAUAUCUUGAGUAGAAGAGAGUGGGAUCUCUUAGAUUUGAGACUAAAGAGCCAUCACCACCACCAAUUCACCAAACACAAACAUCAUCAUCAAUCAUCAAUUAUCAUAUCAGAUUCAUUCAAAGUAUAAAGAAAAUGCACGCCAAAACAGACUCAGAGGUGACGAGCCUGGACGCAUCUUCCACCACCAGGUCCCCACGGCGGCCGGCGUACUACGUUCAGAGCCCCUCCCACGAUGGAGAGAAGACGACGACGUCGUUCCACUCCACCCCAGUUAUCAGCCCCAUGGGUUCCCCUCCUCACUCUCACUCCUCCUCAAGCCGCUUCUCUGGUUCACGCAAGAUGAACCAUCACAACCACCGUAACAACAGCACCAAGCCAUGGAAGGAUAUCGAUGUCAUUGAAGAAGAAGGCCUUCUCCAAUCUCAAGACCAUGACUACACUCGCUCUCGCCGAUUCUAUUUCUUCGCUUUCAUUCUCGGCUUCUUCCUCCUCUUCUCUCUCUUCGCUCUCAUCCUCUGGGGUGCUAGCAGGCCCAUGAAACCCAAAAUCUUCGUCAAGAGCAUAAAAUUUGAGCAUCUCAGAGUUCAAGCUGGUUCUGACGCCACAGGAGUGGCCACUGAUAUGAUCACCAUGAAUUCCACAGUGAGAUUCACGUACCGCAACACUGGCACAUUCUUUGGUGUUCAUGUCUCAUCAACACCUUUAGAUCUAUCCUAUUCAGAGAUUGUAAUUGCCACUGGGAAUGUGAAGCAGUUUUAUCAAUCAAGGAAGAGUCAGAGAGUGGUGAGUGUGUCAGUGAUGGGGAGCAAGAUCCCUCUGUAUGGAAGUGGUUCAAGCUUGAGCAGCACAACGGGUAUGCCCACGGUGCCAGUGCCAUUGAAAUUGAGCUUUGUGAUUCGAUCUAGAGCUUAUGUGCUUGGUAAAUUGGUGAAGCCAAAGUAUUACAAGAGGAUUGAGUGUUCCAUCACUUUGGAUCCACAGAAGAUAAAUGCUAUAGUUUCCCUGAAGAAAUCUUGCAAAUAUGAUUGAGUGUGUGUGAAUAGAAGAAAGGAAUAAUCAAGAGGCACAUGGAAAUGACUGAGAAUAAAAAAAUGAUACUAUUACUUUAUUAUGAUGAUGGUAAUAAAUGAUUCAUUAGUUUUUUGGUUGAGGAAAGAAAGAAAGAAAGAAAUGAAGUGAGGAUACAGCUCAUAGGAUUGGAAGAACGCGUUUGUUGUUUUGGCUGCUGAUGUAAUGAAACAACACACCAGAUCCGAGAAAGAUAAAGACAGCAUGUUGGGUUUUGGUAGAAACUUGUGAAGCUGUGUUACCUUUUAUUUUGAUUUUGUGCCACACAAUGUGAAAGUAAGAAGAACAAUAGUGUAUUAUUCAAUAUAAAUAUUGUAAUUCCAUAAUUAUAGUGUAAUUAUAGCCGACAAA